UCACAGAAGCACAUAUUACGUACAUCAAUAAAGACAGGAAGGAAGACCGGAACAUUCUUUACAAUUGUGUCGAUGUAAAGUUCGUGAUAUGUACGACACAAGCUGAUGGAGCCUGAUCGUGCAAACUAACAGCGUAGAACUGAAGAAAUGCCUUAAGGAUCUAAAGUUGAGUCAGUGCGCCGUCCGUGAUAUGUGGUUAAAUAAACGAAAACAAGGAGUAACACGUAGACAUACGACGAGGAAGAACUUGAAACAAGAGUAAUUGAACGCCGGUCUCAUGAUGUUGAGGGGAGCUACCCAGGACAGGACAACAUGACUAGCGUGACCAUCAGUUCGCGUGGGGCGAAACAUUGACCCAGCUGGCAGAUGACUGUGAACCAGUGGACCAGAUGAAGCUGAAGGGGAUAUUUGCCUUCAAUUUAGUUGCUCUCAUAGCGACCGUGUUGUGUUUCGUCACUUUCCAAGCCAAGGUCACCGCCAUCGCACUGGACAACAGACACACGGUAGUGACGAUGAUUGACAACGAGCCUAGGUUCAGAGUUCGACGCCAGGCGAGCAACAAGAACCGCGGAUUUUUUUCUAUGCUUUCAGAUUACAUAUCCGAGACCCGCGACGACACGAUAAGGGCUUUUAACGAAAUAUCAGACCUCGUCUCAAAGCUGAUCAUACCAGUGAAACAGGGAAUUCAGCUUAACUACACAGCGCCGGCGUCUAGCAGGGAGCUUCCUGAGAACGUCACGACGACAGAAGCGCCGUUCGUUAUAACUCAGCAGGACUUCCUUCGUAUACUAAGGAGAAACCUGCGUGGACUGGCCCGUGUCUUCAACAUGGAGUCGCGCAAAGCCAUUGAGGCUUCCAAUAAUAACGUCCGUAUUUUAAGGAAAGAAUUCGUGGAUGCAGUCAGACCGUACGUAGUAACCAAUUCCACAACGUGAAGCGCCUAGGAGGCUGGGUUCUCUGCACAACUGCAGAGUUGAAGCAGUUGCCUAUACAGCCAAGGGACAUGUGAAUAUUAAGAACAUGACAUCCGAAUAGCAACACGAGCAGCCACGCUCAACACACAUCUAGGCGGAACUAUUGACACGAAUAUAACAGUUAUCUCUAGAAUUCUAGUGAAAUGUUGUUGGAUGUUACGUUCUCACGGCAGUAACUAUGAAGGGUACUAUGACACCGUGUAGUAUGGUAAAAUGUUAAAGACAUCGCAGAAGAACGUGCUACUUCCAUAUUCAGAGUCGAAGACGAAGCCAAGAAAAUAAUAAGCAGGCUCUGCUUGCAUUUACCCUCUCUUGAUUGGCUUACUCUUCAACUCUGGAAAGUAAAAAAAUUCUGCCUGACUAUUCAGCGUCACGGAUGUAUAUGAACUGUUUGUGUUUUACUGUGUGGGUGUUCGGAUUCA